AUGUCGCCAUUCCAAUGCGUGCUGGGCUACCAGCCGGUCCUGGCUCCGUGGCAUCAAGAGUCAGAACUAAGCUCCUGCGGUGGAGGAGUGGGUCUGCGGGCUUGCAGACUACUUUUUGACAAGGGAAUUUUCACUGUGUAUGUACUUGUAUUUGGAUCUGGUACGAAACUUUUUGUCACAGACAACAAUAGUGUACAAAAUCCCAAAGUGACGGUCUACCCAGCAUCCAAACCUGAGCCAAAUAGGAAAACCACCCUGCUAUGUCUGGCUAGAGACAUGUUUCCAGACUUGGUCAAGAUUUCAUGGAAGAUGGUGGAUGAAAAUGGCCGAACAGUAGAGGUACCCAAAGCAGAGAGGGAAGAGCUGGAGCAGAGGGAGGAAGGAUGGACGACCAGUAUGAUCAUCAUUGAUAAAGACAAGACAUACAGGAACAAAUACAGCUUUUCUGUGGAGCAUGAAGGGGGCGCUCAAUAUGUUGACAUUCCAGAAGAGGAACCAACUGAAGCUUCUCUAACCACCAUGGCUGCACCAGCCACUUUGCACGUUACCUAUGAUGAACCAACUGAAGGUCCUCAAACCACCACGUCUUCACCAACCAGUCUGCAGGUUACCGACGAUCCCUUCAAGUCCAUAUGCAGUCUGAACCUGGCCUCUCUGGUUUACACAGUGAUGAUAGUGAAGAGCAUGGUGUACUGCUAUGGGCUCUCUUUACUGCUGCACUACAGGAACAUGGGAUGUAGACCCAAAGCCUCUACACAAAUUCAUUAAAAUGAUAUCCUUAUAUAAAGUGUUUCCUUCCUUAAAAUUAAUAUCACAUAAUAUUUACUUUGAUGAUUGUGGGAGACACCCACUGCAGACACUUGAAUAUAGUUUAGGUAAGGAGAGCAAAUCUUGAUGGUAGAAAUAUGAUUGAAAUAUUGACAGUUUUAUUAAAGAUGCCUUGCAAUAUGUCAUAGCGUCAAAUUACUUUUUUACAAAAUCUGUAUUUGAUUUAUGCAAAAAUGUUUACCUAAUCAUCAUAUUUCUUUAAAUAUGCCCAUAUUAAAUAUAUAGGCCCUUGAGUUCUAAAUAUGUAUCAUUAUGCAAAAUAAUAUUUAGUAACUUGUCAUGUGUGUAAUGAAGUGUAUUUUUUCUCGUUUUCUGAAAGUAUUUCAUAUCUUCAUAUUUCAUAUUUCACUUCAUAUUAUUUCAGUCAUUUACCAUGCAUAAUAGAAAAUCCAGCUUUUUUUGCUUUUAAAAACUAAACUGAUCUAUGAGUGAAAUCAUUCAUUUGUGAUUUUUUACAUUGAUACAAUGUUGUUGUUUAUUCAUAUUCUUUCAAAUGGGGAUGGCUUUAAUUAUCGCUGCUUUCACGAAAGAAAUUUAAAACAAACAUGGUUCUGCAAUGUAUUGUAUAGCCUACAUUUUGUACAGUUCCGUGCUAUUUUGAAUGAGGAAACUGUCACCAUA